UCGCCGACCCCGGUUGAACGCCAGGGACGCUGGAAUCGCAAGUCUGCUGGCCUCACCGCUGAAACUAGACUACAUAGUCUUGCCACAUUCUUUAACGCUUUCCUACUGACAAGAAUAGUCAGAAACUCUCCCGUACAAGUGAGCCGUGGUCCUGUUAGCAGCAUUCACUGCAGUCAUGAAAACAUUCACCUGGACGGUGUUUUUGCUAACCAUUUGGGUGAGAGGUAUUACAAGUGAAGUUCAGUCGACUGACCAGCGACAUGCUAAUAUGACAGGUUGUCUGACUUGCCCACCAGGGUUCGGAGUUGAACAUCAAUGCAUUGAUAGUGAAGAAACACGGUGUGCUUCCUGCCGCCCUGGAGAGACAUUUUCAACGACGUAUAGCGACGUAGCCAUGUGUGGGAAUUGUAGUGAAUGCCCAUUACAUUCAUUGCUACUAAAAGAAUGUAAUGUUACACAUGACACGGAGUGUGUUUGUGAGAAAGGAUUUUAUCUGGACAACGAAACUAAUCAAUGUCUUUCAUGUGAACUCUGCUCACACGGCUGGGGGGUGGCCAGGCAGUGUUCUCCUACAAGGAAUACUGUCUGCCGGAAAUGCCCCCCUGGCACCUACUCUGGACUGUUGAGUGGCACUCUGGGGUGUGAAUUAUGCACCACGUGCCGUGCUAACCAAGUCAUGCUACAAGAAUGCACACCCAUACAAGACACCAUUUGUAUAGAUAAAGACCUUUAUCAAAGAAGUCAUCUGCCAACAGCUGAACCUGAACAAAUGCCCAAUGAAGUGGUGAACUAUACCCAACGCAAUGUGAUACCUGUCUACUGUACCAUACUGGUAGCAGUACUUCUGGGCGUUUUGGUGUUUCUGAUGCUUAGAUGGAGGCUUCAGAAACGUCAUCAUACCAAGACCACCCACUGUCACGAAGUAGGCUCUGGACCCGAUCCUGAGGGGACAUCAGAGAGCAGCAAAAGAAUGCUUUUGGCCGAGUCUGACCAGUCCAUGAAAUUAAUCAAUGUCAAGUUUCUUUCUCAUACAGGAAUAAUGCAAAUGAAGCUUAAAGAACUUCCUUUAACGAAGCAACGGGACCUGGAAGCAGCAUUAAAUACUAAAAGACAGGAUGGUCAAGACUGGAGAGGUUUAGCUCGUCAGUUAGGUUACUCCAAUUCCAACAUUUCUGCAUUUGAACACUUAGGAAAAGUUAAAUAUGGGCCAGCCCACCAACUAUUGUUAGAUUGGGGCUACUUUGAAGGUGCUACUGUCGAAGCCCUUAUUCAAGCCUUGGUGACUUUAGGCCGUAUGGAUGUUGUUCGUUUGCUUCAACCAACAUGUGAAAGAGUGUAUCCUCCUUUCCAGUCAGAUUACAUGGUGUGAAAUGGAACCAGAUAGAAGACUCUUAUAAAUUAUCUUAUAACAUGACACUAAUGGUGGACAGUGUCUACACGUUGUUGAUAUCUUUUUAUCUUGUUGUCGAGAGUGAAAUAUUUAUAGGAGUAUCCAACCUUAUUCCAAUUGCCAAUAUUUCAUGUCUUUCUGUGACAGAUCGUUAUAAAGGAGGUAGUCAUGUUAUAAUAGAACAAGAUACAAUCAUCAUGAGAAAAUAUGAGUGAAACUUGGUACAUAUAUAUUCAACAAUACUCAUCGUAAUUCUAAGUUUUGAUAAUGGGAUAUAAUACAGAUAUAAGUAAGCUCUGAAAGUUUGAUCUGUCUGCUGUAAUUUUAUCUAGUGAAGUACACCCUAAACAUUAAAAUACCAGCUGACAUUCUCCAACAUCAGAGUAGCUGGAGCUUGUAAGAGCUGAUACUUAUGAAAGCUACAGUUUCAACAGACUAUGUUAUUAUUUUUGUUAUAUUAACAUUUUAAGAUAUUCUAUGUGUAUGUGUGCAUGUUUUUUCACUAUUAUUAGGUCUGAUAACAUUCAAACUCUUUGGACAAACAAUAAAAACAUAAGCUAACACUGGAAAGGACUGAAAAAAAAAACAAAUGUAGAGAACAGCAUCUUGCAAGUUUUCCUUCAUACUUUUCAGAUAAAAGUCUUUCAAAAUGUAGUACUCUACACUGGUGCUUUUUUACAACAAGCAGCUACUGUUCAUUUCAGAAUACUCUGCCUAAACAAUCUAUCAAAUAAUACUUGUAACCACUUCUACUAUCAACCAGGAACAAACAAACAUACAUACCUUGUACUUAAAUCUUAAUAUCCUCCUGUUAUAUCCACAAACUGUUUCAAAUGUACAUAUUUCAUUAAAA